CACAGYCGUCGAGGGCGGGGCUUCGGCGCGGGGCGCGCUCGGUAACCCGGGCAACGCGGCCUCCGACAGGUGCAAAGAAGAACCAAGCUUCUGAGACACCGAUGUCUCCGCCACGCCCCUGGGCGGUUCGCUAAGGCGGUUGGCGACCAGGCUGCGCGCUUUCAGUGCUCAAGCCUCCGACCUUCAUCCACCAAGGAGCGUGGCAAGUGGUCACAGGCCGCCCCAGGUUUCCAGCCUCAUUGCCCAGUUCGGCCGCAGGAGCGGCGCUUUUCRUAACCCCGGGAGCCUCCCCGGAGGAGGCGGGAGCGCGAGCACCUCCCCUCCGCGCCGCCCCCUUAGCUGCCCGUAGCCCUGCCUGCGCCCGCCUCCAAGAGGCGCGGGACGCCGGYCGCCGGCCGCAACGGUACUCACCUAGGCCGAGGGCCGCCCGCGGGCAAAGACUGUUGCUGCGGGUUAUUUCGUUCGUGGCUUUUGUAUAGGCUGAAAUUUGGGUUGAGUUAAACUCAGGACUUCCGCAAACGGGACCUGUUUGGGGUUUGUUUGGGGUUUUUGGUUUGGGGUUCCCUCCCCCCCACUUUUUUUUUUCUUGGUUCUUUUUCCAAAAUGGCAGCCUCCAGCCGCGCACAAGUGUUAGAUCUGUACCGAGCGAUGCUGAGAGAGAGCAAGCAUUUCAACGCCUAUAAUUACAGAAUGUAUGCUGUCAGGAGGAUAAGAGAUGCCUUCAGAGAAAAUAAAAAUGUAAAGGAUCCUGUAGAAAUUCAAAACCUAGUGAAUAAAGCCAAAAGAGACCUUGAAAUAAUUCGUCGACAGGUUCAGAUUGGCCAACUCUAUUCAACUGACAAGCUUGUCAUUGAGAAUCAAGAGAAGCCAAGGACCUAGGGAGCUGGGAACCAGCCACCGACGGGGCCAUGGACCACCUUCAGCAUCCAUUCUGUGUGCAGGCUGAAAAUAGCCUCUCACUUUGCCUACCCUAUGGGAGCUGAAAAACUGAGUCACGUUUCCAUUCUGUUACAGCCUUGGUGAGAAAGGAUGGCUGUGCCUUCUCAGUUCAAGUGUUAGCAUGAAGGGCUAGAGGUCACUCCGAAUAAUGCUAUGUAUUAUGGUGUCUCCUCUCCCUCCCAUCCCAUCUUGUAGCUCGUCACCAUUUGUAGAGAACAUAUACAGACUUUGUUUUUCUUGGUCCUUGACAAUAAACCAAAGUGUCUCCCUUUU